AUGCGAAAGUUGGAAUGGGACGACAGGGGAGUGAAGGUUGAUGGUCGGCAGCUACACCAUUUGCGCUUUGCUGAUGACAUCGUUCUGGUAACACCUAGCAUCAGCCAGGCGGAACGAAUGCUGACCGAAUUCGACGAAACAUGCGAAUGCAUCGGUCUUCAGCUGAAUCUACAAAAGACGAUGUUCAUGCGGAACGGAUGGGUCUCGGAUGCCCCAUUCACGCUCAACGGAACGAACAUAUCCGAAUGCACCAGCUACGUUUAUCUGGGUAGGGAACUGAACAUGAUGAACGACCUGACCCCCGAGCUGGGCAGGAGCAGACGAGCGGCUUGGGGAGCGUACAAGAGCAUCGAGGAUGUAGUGAAGAAGACCAGGAACACCCGGCUCCGUGCUCACCUCUUGAACACCACCGUACUUCGCGUUUUGACCUAUGCUUCAGAAACUUGGACACCUCGCAAGUAG